AUGAAUGAUAAAAAUAAAAUGAGAUUGUGGAAAUUAAAUUUUCGAAAAAUUUUUCGUAAAUCAAAAUCUCCGAUUGAAUAUACAUCAUAUAAAUAUGAAAAUAUUCAAUCGGAAUGGAUUAUUCACCAAAGUCAUUUAAAGUAUUUAUAUAAUACGAAAAUUUUUGGUGAUUCACAAUUUGAAACUUAUCUUGUUGUAUUAACUCGAAUACCAAUUGAAAAUUUCGAGUAUAAAAUUGGACUAUAUUUAUAUUCUAAUGAAAAUAAAUCUCCAUCAUAUUUUUUUGAAAUAGAUCAAACAACACAAAUUUAUGAUCAAUGUAAUAGAAUUAUAGAAUCAACAUCGAAAUAUUUUUUAUUUGAAUUAAAAUUUAUUAAUAACGAAGAUAAAACUGAAAUAUUUGGUGCAAAAGAUAUUUUUCAACAACAAGUAAAUUUAAAAAGAAAAAUAUUACCAGCAUGUUCUUUAUAUUUAUUACCAAUAUCUAGUGAAAAUGAUGCCGGACCUUCUAAUCCAACAGUCGAUCGUGAUUCGUAA